AUGAACCACUCCGCCCGCUACCCCGGCGCCUCCCCCGACCCGCAAGAAGAGAAACAAGACGAAGCAAUCGCCACAAUUCGCGCCGAGAUCCAAAAACUCCAAAAGCGCAAACGAACCCUCGCAUCAAGCCUCCUCUCCGCCCAUUCCAUCCAAAAACUCAUCCGCAAACCACCUCCCGCUCUAACCUCAAUCAACAACGAGCUCUCCCCCCUGGUCCGCGCGGCUGGCAAACACUCCGAAUGCAACCACUACCGGAUCGCCUUUGGUGCGACUGCAUUCCCAUUUCAGGACCCCUCGCCGACGGCAAAUGAUAACCUCCUCGGCGUGCGCCUGGACGUCUGCGCGCGUAAUGGUCAAUUCGCGAAGCCGUAUUACGUGCUUUUGAGACGGGAACGCGUGCGCGGGGGUAAUGAGAAGAGGUUACGGGUGCAUAGGCAUACUGUUCCGGCGUUUAUCUCUAUGUCGAAGCUUGAGGGGGCUUUCUUGCCGUUUCCUGGGUCUGGGAAGGAGAGGGUUGAGGAAAGUGAGGAGGGUGAGAACCUGAAGCCGUGGAAGGGGCAGGAGAGGAAGCAGGACUUGAGGGGAUUCGUGCGUGAGUUGAGGAGAGAGUUGGUUGCUUGGCAUAUGAGGACUGAUGCGGUUGACUUCCUGCGGGAGAAGUUGGGGUUGGAGACUGGGUCUUUGUCCAGUUCAAGUGAGCGAGCGCUGCCCGUGGAGGGGACCGGGGUUAUGUCUCUGGCAUCUACCGCGGUCGAGGCACGGUAUGUACGGCUUGAGUGGGAGGAUGGUCGGGUUGGGCGGUUCAAGCUGUCUAAUACUGGCCUCGUUGAACGUGCGGUAGUUAUCGGCGAUGCAGGCCGAGACAAACAGACGGAAGACACGAUGACUGGUGGCGGUGGUAGAAUCGAAGCGCUGUUGGACCGACUGAGAGAGCGUGGCCAGUCAACGGCUUGA